AAAUAACAAAGUCUAAAGUCGUCCCGAGUUAGAUUUUAUUAACUGAAACAUGAGAAUCAGCUUAAUGACUUAAUCCAAUCCAAACUUUUUUUUUUUUUUUUUUUUUUUAAACCUAAAAUUCAGCUUGAAACUAACUUAAUUGACUCAGUAAAAAAAAUUGUUGUCAAUAUGUCAUUAUCAUAUUUUGCCAAUAGUAACACCACCAUUUAAGCAAGUCACUCAUUUAUCAUAAUCCAAACUUCAGAAAAAACUCGAAACCUUCGAAAAAAAAUCUGUAAAAAUCAUGUCUUUCUCCAUUAGAACACCUUCCUUUCUUCUUCUCCCCAAUUUCAGAAAUCCUCUAAAACCCUCAACAAAUCCUCUAAAACCCUCAACAAAUCCUCUUUCUCUCUCCUUCUACCCUCAAUCUCAAAAUUUCCUCUGUUUCAGCAAAGGAGACAACAACCCAAAUAAACUCAACAAAAUCAGUGAUUCAGACUUAGCUUCAGACUUUGCUGCAGAAGUCAAUAAGCUAAAUACCCAGUCAAAGGAGAGAGAAAAUGCUAUGAAGAUAAGCAAACAGCUGCUUUUCUCUGACCUCUGCAACUACCUUGAUAUGAACCCAGAUGAUGUCAUGAACAAAUGGAGGAAUUUGAGCCCAGAUGAUAAACUGGGUUUGGUUAAAGGGUUUGUUUCUGAUUGGGGUUUGAAUUUUCAUCCAUUAUCACCUAAAUCUGUUAAAGAUUUGGUUGAAGAAUUUGUGAUGAAUGAUUCAAAGGAGAAUGAAAGUUCAGAUUUUUGUCAGAAAGAUGAGUUUAAAUCGAGUAAUUCUGAUGUAUUUUUUCCUACUUUGAAGAAAUUAAUCAUGGGGUUUUCCCCUUAUAAUUAGUGUUAUUGGAGGAAUUGUUUGAUUUUUGGUUCUUUGAAUUUUUGGGGAUUAUUUCUCUAUUUGUUUAGUUUGAUUAUCCUCGACUUUAUUGAAUAUGUUGAUUAUGAACAAUGCUUCCCUUCAAUUGGAGCUGUUUUUGCAGA